GAUCAAAGGAGAGAUGGUUUUAAAGUGUAGCAAGAGAAAGUGAAGUUAUAUAUGGAGGUGAAGUGAGGAAGAUUUGAAACUCUAGAGACUUCUUAUUGUGCAAGUUGGGAGUUUUUUUAUAUGAAAAAUGUUAAAUGCUGGCUUUAAGGAUUAAUGCAGUUUUAUAGUGUGUUGUUUAUAGCUAAAUGAGUUUAAUAAUGUUUUGAAAAUUGCUUUCUUGGGACAAAGUAUUAGCUGAGAUGUGAGGCGGCGUUUUACUUGGAUAUCCCGAAUCUUUGGCGUUUGGGUCAGGGCCAAUCUCAUGGCAGCUCGUUUUGUUUUGUGUUUUAGAUACAAAAUGAAAUACGUUUUGAACUGUCCCAACUCUAUGCAUGAAUGUUAUUUUAGUACAGAGUGAUCUCACAUGAGAUCAUACCGAUCGACAAGCAGGAGAAGUACACAGAAAACAAAUAUUUAAAAAUGAAAAUAAGACAAAUGAGUAAAAGAGAAUCCAGUUAAUUAGUUUAAAUUAGCUAUCACAUUGUUUAUUAUCAAAUGGGAGUUAUGAACUACUAAUGUUUUUAAGAUGUAAAGACGAAAGUACUUUCGUAUCUCAAAUCUCAAAACAAUAGGACGGAUGUAUGGUCAUUUUAUCUUGGAUGUCCAUUAAUAUUUCUCUAACCCUGUAAUAAAGUAUUUGGUAUUGAAUUACAAUUACAUUCCAAUAAUUCGAUAUUAUAGUUCAACAAAUUGUAAAACUAAAUUAAAGACCCUCUUUAGAAAUUCAAGUAUACAUUUUGACUCCUUAUCAUAAUUUAAAAUUAAAAAUAUUAUUUAAUUAAGUUAUAAACAUAUUGUACAAGCAAUAGGAAUAAAAUGAUUCUGAAUUACACGUUACAUGUGAGGUAAAAGAAGUUUGGCCCAACUCGUGUGUACUGCUCUUUAGAAUUAUUUUGUUAAAUGAGCUCAAAAUUGCUCAUUUGCUCCGAUGGUAAUUUAGUCAUUUUCAAAAAAAAUAAUUAUAAUAGUUACUCCUCCGGUUACAUCCAGUAUUUUACGUUUAAUAUAUUUUGAAAUAUAUAAAAAUAUAAAUUUAUAAAUUAUUUUUAAAAUUUUAUAUUUCUAAAUAAAAAAUUAAAUGUGUGCCCGAGUCAAUAUUUUAGACGUGUGCAAGAGGGAGAGAGGGCCCUCUGUUUUAAGAGAGAAAUCUGGAGGCCUUAAACAAAGCCCAGAAAAAGUAGCCGUUACAAACAGCGCGCUAACGUUCAUCUUCAACUCCGCUUCUUAUUUUUCAUUUUUAAUCGAAUCCACGUAUAUAAUCAGACCCCUAUCAAAACCCUAACAUUUCGCCAUUGUAUACACACAUAUACAUACACAGAGACCUUUAAAUCUAUCCGCUCGCCUGAAUCUUCAAUUUACUCUGUCUCCGAUGAGUUUGACCGGCAAAAACUCCGAUACAGUGACUCCGGUGAAAUCGAGCCGAUCAAAACUCACUGACAUGCCGAAAAAAUCGGAGAACUCGAACCCUAAUUUCGCCACUCCCAAUGCGAAGAAGACGCCGAAUUGCGCGGGAAACAAGUCUGUUAAGAAAUCGCCGAAGUCUGUACGGAAAAGCCCUCAUUUUGUGAACACGAAGAUCCGCGAGAGGCGAUUCGUGGUUGCGAAGAAGAUUUCGAAGAAAUCGAAUUCGUCGAGUGUGUCGUGUAAGUGUUUGAUUAGUGGUAAGGUGAAGAAAUGUGCUUGUGUUGCUUAUGAAUCACUUAGGGCUUCUCAGGAAGGCUUUUUUAGGGAUUUGAAAAGUGUCCGGGAUAGCAAUGAGGAUGAGAAUCAGAUAAGAGAAGAGGUGGAGGUGGAAGAAGCAAUUAAUUCGAUUGAUCGUGAGGCAAUUAAUGUUGAUGAGAGUGAGGUGAGUGGGGAGAUCGGGAGUGCGACUUUGAAGAGGAGAAGGGAUAAGUUGCUGGAGGAAGCGAGGCGGUGUGUGCCGGAGUCUGGGAGAGUUAUGCAUUUGGUUAAGGCUUUCGAGAAAUUGCUUUCGAUUCAAAAGUCCAAGAAUUUAGGUGAUAAGGAUGACAAGGAAGGAGAAGAUGGAAAGAAGGGGGUAAAGUGGGCAUUGCCAGGGUUGCAAUCAGAUAAGGUUCCAGAGACACAGGUGUCAGCUUCUUCCCUUUGUCCUUCGGAUUUAUUGCUUACUUCUGAGAGCUUAGGUUUAGAUUCGCUGGUUGGUUCUUCGUUGGAUGGCUGUCAAGGGAGCUUAAGUGUUUCGAACAGGACAUCUGGCGGUGGUCGGAGGACCAGACGAAAUAGUUUGGAUUUAUCUGGAAGAUUGGGUGGAAGGAAUUGGAGGCGGCAGCAGCGGAAAGUUACCUCCCAGAAACCGUUCCUUCUUCGAACUGAGGAAAGGGGAAGGUGCAAGGAAGAAGAACUUAUGAAGAAAGUGCAAGAACAGAAGAUUGAGGAAGAAAAGCAGAGAAUACCAGUUGCGCAAGGUCUCCCCUGGACAACUGAUGAACCGGAGCGUCUGGCAAAACCUCCUGUCAAAGAAAGUACAAAACCAGUUGAUUUGGUGCUCCAUAGUGAUGUAAGGGCUGUAGAGCGUGCUGAGUUCGAUCACCAGGUGGCAGAAAAAAUGAGUUUGAUUGAGCAAUACAAAAUUGAGAUGGAAAGACAGCAGAAGUUGGAAGAAGAAGAAGAGAUAAAGAGACUCAGAAAGGAGCUUGUUCCAAGAGCCCAGCCAAUGCCAUACUUUGACCGGCCUUUCAUCCCCAGAAGAUCAGAGAAGCAGCCAACUAUACCCAAGGAGCCAAGAUUCCACCUACCUCAGCACAAGAAGAUCAGGCCCUGCACGUCUUGGAAUGCCAUGUACACUCACCAAGGAGUGAUGUAGUAUUUUUGGUCUCUAAUAGUAUAUGGGAACUGCCAUAAAGUUUUGAAAAAGUAAAUCCUUUAGUGUUUUCAUCAUAUUUACAGUAAAUUUGAGAUAUCUCAAAUUCAAAAAGUGUACCUAUUCUAAGGUUUGGUUACAAUAAAUAUAGAAAAAUUAGUUGAA